AUGGACUUCUCUAACCUACCUGCCUUCUCCAUGGCUGCGAGCAACCCAUUGUACUCUCCCAACAGCGAUGCUUUUCCAUCACCGGAUGAAAUCGACGCAUACCUUACUGAGUCGUAUCCCGCGCUUUCGGACUAUGGUUUCAAUAGCUACAACAAUAGGAGUAGCUCAUGCUUCGACCGAUCCAUCACACCAGGAGACUCAGAUCUCAAUUGGAGAGCACCGGUAUCCAACAGCUAUAUCAACAACCCAUCGCUCGUCACUACAACCAAUGCAGUCUCGAACCCCCCUCAGAACGCAUGGUCAAAUUAUAACCCCUCGCCGCUGAGCUGUCCAGCCGACCUUCAACACACCUAUCCCGAAACCGGAUUCCCCGGCGGCUUUGCCUCAAACCCCUCUCCCUUGCCAACUCCCCCUCGCUACGGCAGCCCAACUUCGCCUUCACCAAUCGCGACGCACCACCCCUCUCCAGAAGAUACCAGCCUUAAGCCGCCUGCACCACGCAAGCGGGGCCGUCCUCGUUUGCACCGCCCUGCCUCAGAACCCUCUGCUACCACCGCCGCCGUCAACAAAAUCACCCGUACGCAAUGCAUGCCCCACACCGAAGUCGAACGCAAAUACCGCGAGAAGCUCAAUGCAGAGCUAGAGCGGUUACGUCGGGCGGUGCCCAUGUUACCACAGUGCGACAACGGAGAUACAGGUGCCGUGAAACCUAGUAAGAGUAUGGUGCUCGCGGUUGCUAUUGACUAUAUCAAAGAGCUGGAGAGACAACGAGACGCGGCGGUUGAAGAGGUGGAGAGAUUGGGAGAACUUAGAUUGGGAAUCUCGAUCGAAGUCAUGGUUCAACCCAUGAAAUAUCCCAAAGAAGCGAAGAGCUAUGCGCAACGCCUUCUUGGUGUUUUCUUACCAGCAGGGUAUCCGCAGAGUGUGACGGAGGAUUAUAUUCAUUACCAGAUCUAUGACUCGCUUCAGGCAUUUUCUUCCUCGAUUGCAGGGCUGUUGGCAUCGAGAGCUGUGUUGGAAGGCGUCGGCGUAGGUGACUCGACUGCCUCCCCGACCUCCGCACUCCUCCUCUCUGUGCUCCAAGAGUCAACCGGCCGCAUCGCUACAAUUCUCUUUGCGCACCGUCUCGGCACGGCUCUUGAGCCAGAGUGUAAGAUGUUUCGCCUGGCCGCCGAUGUUUUCAACGAUACAGCAAUGGUGCUCGAUUGCUUGUCGCCCGCUUUUCACAAACCAAUCCGUGUGGCGGUGUUGAGCUUUUCGAGUUGCUUGAGGGCGCUGUGUGGGGUCUGUGCGGGCAGUGCAAAGGCAAGCUUGAGCGCACACUUUGCGAGCAAGGGCAAUCUGGGGGAGGUCAAUGCUAAAGACUCAAGCCAAGAGACGGUCAUAUCUCUACUGGGUAUGCUCGCAGGCAGCCUUGUGGUAUCGCAUAUAACCUCGCCUUUCGCGACGUGGACCACACUCCUCUUCCUCCUGGCUGUACACCUAGCCACCAACUAUGCUGCGGUGAAAGCCGUCCGUAUGCGGUCUCUUAACAGACAACGAGCCAAUAUCCUCUUUAGCAGCAUACUUCAACACGGUGUCGUCCUGAGCCCAAACGAGGUUUCCAAACGCGAAAGAAUCUUCCACAGAGGUGACGUACUGCGCUGGUCGGACGACGAAAUGCUCGGGCAUUGUAAGAUUGGCGUAUCUCUCCAGGAAAUGCUAGGCCGAAUGGGCGAGCAAAAUACGCAGACUGGCUCACUUGCGCUUCACGCUAUUCAAAUCUCCGAACUGCUAACCGUCUUCACCAGCGAGGCAUACAUAGCAUGUCCCGCCGCAUCCGCAGUCGACAUCUCAAUCGUACUGAAAGCAGGGUGUGGACCGAAUGAUCAGCUCAAAGCAUGGGCGCACGCAUUGUUGCUUGCGAAGAGAGCCCGAGAUGGCAAAGGACACUCGGGUAACAAGCCCAAUACAGCAUCAGCCCCGCCCAAGGAUCGCCUGAUUGCUGAGCUGAGGCAGACGUUGGAGGACGUCCGGGUGAUGUUUGACAAGUACGGGAACGAGAUGAUGGGGAAGGGAUGGGAUCUAGAUGUAGCUGCGAUGGAGACAAGGGCCGGGACACGGUUGCAGAUUGGGGUCCAACAGGUCGGAUGA